GUGAGUGGUUUGAUGACUAGUCCAAUUGACUCAUUGGACGGUCUCUGGGGCUGGGAUGCAAAUUUUGUGGGUAAAGAAUUAUGUGGAAGAGACCUGAAGCAUUAUUCUGGGAAUAAAGGUGUUCCGCAAACGCUUGUGUGCCAUGACAUGAUGGGUGGUUAUCUGCCUGAGGAAAGUGUCGAUGGGUGUGAAGUGGUGGACGGAAUUAAGCCAUAUAUUCUAAUGCAUUGGUGGUAUGUCGAUAUAUUCACUUAUUUCUCCCACCACUUUAUCUCUAUUCCACCAGUAGGAUGGAUAAGUCAAGCUCACGAUCAUGGGGUUCUAGUUCUGGGCACAUUUAUCACAGAAGGGGAUAGAGGAGCUGACAGAUGCAAGGCAAUCUUUAAAAAUGCUACAACAGUCAGAAAAACGGUUGAAAAAAUGGUUAAAUUAGCAACUGUGUAUAACUUCGAUGGUUGGUUGAUCAACAUAGAGAAUAAAAUUGAAGCAGAAAACCUUCCAAUGCUUGAGCUAUUCCUUGCAACAUUGACAACCAGAAUGCAUAUAAGAAUGGGAGAGAGAAGUAGAGUUAUAUGGUAUGACGCCGUCACCGUUGAAGGAAAAUUGAGGUGGCAGGAUCAGCUGAAUGAUUUAAACAAAUUGUGGUUUGAUGUGACAGAUGGGAUAUUUUUGAAUUAUACAUGGAGGCCACAUGAACUAAAGGAAAGCCAAGAGAUCGCAGGAUCCCGUUGCCAUGAAGUAUUUGUUGGAGUCGACUGCUUUGGUCGUGGAAACUACGGAUGGAACUGUUACAAAGCUUUUGCGCAUGCCCGUGCUGCAAAUCUUUCCGUGGCAAUGUUUGCUCCAGGGUGGAUCGCGGAACAGUUCCAACAGAGUGACCUAAUUCCGAAUUCAAUGAAUUAUGAAAUUAAAAUCCUCGAGUUGGGUAAAAUCAUGCACAGUAGUUAUAUCACUCUCAACCAAAUACCGGAAAGCCUAAAUAAGUUUUUUCAGUUCUAUAAUAUGUUAGAGGCUGGAACUCAACCUUAUUAUUUGGAAAGCAACGCGUUUCCACAUGCUUCAAGACCAGCACUAGUCCUCCCAGAUACAGGAAACUACAAGUAA